AUGAAAGAACCCUCCUCCUCUAAAUUUUCUGGGACUUCACGCUCGAAUUCGCUUGCAAGCACCAUCAGCAGCAGCGGUGCCAGUCUAAGUCGCCGUUCACGGACCGUGACAAGGAAACGAACACAAACGAUAACUACAGGGUCUAGGCCAGAUGACACGCGUGCAGAAGAAGACCAGGUCCUGGAUAUCUCACCUGCCAAUAGCGCAGAGCCAUUUCCUACUCCGGUUCCGACUGAUUCUUCCGAACGUUUACUGUCUCCGGUUACUACGCGAUUCGAAACCACAACAACUCCAUUUUCGAGUCCCGUGAACUUGCAACCGAAUGGUGAUCUAGAACGGAGUGGAGGAACGUUCAGUGUGGUAGCAGGCGAUUUGCGCGUGGCUGUGAAGCAGAACCUGCCUUCAGCCCCUGCCGAAAGUCAACCGGGUUCUCAGGCGCCAGCAGUAUUCACCCCAACCAUUCCUAUGAAGGGAAAAGGUCGCGGAAACAGAGCAAUGCUGACGUCUCCUCCAUCUGCCUUCCGUCCAAACCCCACUGACAGCGACCACACGCGAAGUAGCGUCCGUGACUCCUUGAUAACGCAACAAUCAUCUACAUCUUCCUCACUUUACCCUCUUACUACCUCCAUCGGGACAGAGUCACCUCCUUCUCCCCUCUCACCGACGAGACACGACAACGGUGUUGUUAUCUCAGCUUUCGAAAUCGACGAACCAACGAGGGUGCAGGAGUUUAAUGCAGACGACGUCUCGUAUCGUCUUCAGUUGCUUGUGAAAAACAAUUAUUUCCUUCCCCCUGCACACUCGAAGCCGUGUCCGGCCGAUUUUGCACCGUACCCAAACAUAUCCAAAAAAGCAACCUCUCCUGCAUUUCUGGAUUAUUUCCGAGUUGGAAAAUCCAAAUAUAAACCUGCUAGCCCAGAUUCCUUCGAUGGUUCUCCGAUGUUGAGAGUGACAUCGGAUUCUACGACCGUGUCCGGUUACGCCCCUCGUGGUGCACCUCAAACAUUCCGAUCCCCGAAGAAUGUCCAGCACCUGGCACGCGUGGUCGUUGUUCGUGAGCAAAUGGACGACCUUGUCGCUGCUGCAAAGCAAGCAGAGAUAGACUUGAGGGGUCGGGACGUUCCCCCAGACCGCGACAGGGGUGUGCGAAGACCAAAGGUUGAUGUGUUUGAUGGGAUCAUUGAUCCCACGGAUGCAGUUGACGUACCUCCCCCGUCUGCCAAUUACACUCUAGCCUUGCAAGCCUCAGCACUUCAUGGACUGGGAAUUGAGGACUCUGUGGGAGCAGCCGUGUUGGCGGAGCGCUUACCUCCCCCAGGCAGUCCUGGACAUUCCAUAAGUCUUGAUCCACAAGAGAAUGCGUGGAGAAAGGCUUUGCUCCAUCAAGCUGUUGGACACUCGCUCAACAGCUCAGUAGUGACAUCUGUUGUGUCGUUGUCCACGACUGCAUCCACCCCGACGAGGUCACCGCGCCAUCCACGCUCGUCAGAGUCACUAUACCAGCGCGCUCUCAUGAACCCACGGAACAUGCUAGACAAGAAGAUACUUGAGAAUCCGAUAAUUGACCAUAACGAGGAGCCUGAGCCACCAACAACACCCGCCGCAAGCGCACCUUCUGGAAGAGAUGCUCGUCUUCCGGCUCGGGAACAUGUGCGGUUAUCCGCCUAUACUCCUCUCCGAGCAGAAACUCCGGUCCCUCAAACCCCUCUUGCGCCCCCUCCACGCCGACAACUCGGAGAAACCCAGUACUCUCAUUCACAAUCUCAUCUUCCCACAAAUUCUACAGAGCUACUCCGAACACUUCGCAAAUCCUUAUCAUCCCCCAUACUCUCCGAUUUCUAUGAAUUAAGAAGAACACCGAUGAUGACGCCACCACCGCUGCCAUCAUUAAGUAUAUCUCCUCCGCCCUCACAUCGCAUGAGCAGGAUGACCGCGCUGACUGGGUUCUCUCGGUUUACGGAUGAUUCAACCGCUUUCGAUGACAUGCGGUCUCGUCCUUCGUUGGCAAUCUCAUUACCACCAACUGAGGGUGGGCAUCGGCCAUCGUUUUCAGAGUACUCACAGCCGUCCCCGACUGCGUCCGCUUUCAGGGAUAGAUGGUCAAAUGGCUAUUAUUCCCAAAACUCCCAACCACCUCCCGUUGACCCUUCGUCACACUCGCGAGAUUCCUCGACGUCGCCACCUGCUCAAUUCCCUCGUCUUUCUACCAUGUCCCCGCCACCUAGGUCUUCUUCAUCGAUAGCAGGCAUCGUUUUGUCACCUCCGCCGCAUCGUUCACCGCAUAAUACCAACCAGCCCAGACCUUCACGACUCCAUGAAGCAUCAUUGCUUAAUAACUCGUCCUCAGACUUUAGCCAAGGCACCUUCCGCUCCUUUAAAUCAUUUUCUCCUAUGCCUAGCAACAGCGGGACCCAAAGUCAUUUACCUCUGCCAAUUGAUGUCAAUGUCUCCAUUGACAGCUUUGCAUCUGGUAUUCACUCUGCGCCACCUCCCUCAUCACCAGCCGCCUUCUUUGACCACAUUCAGAACCAUCCGAAUGCUAUGGAUGACUUGGAUGAUUCUGAGGAUAGCAGAAGUGACGUAGACCAGGAGUACCAAGACGCUGAACCCUCUCCCCAUCCAUCGCUUAUGCAUUUAGGCAAUCGCUCUACUCCCAACCUUGCCAGGACCGCGAACGAGCUGCAUAACCAAGGAAGCCCAACCGAGCGGAAUAAGCCUGUCGGCAACGUCCCGCAUAAAACCCCAUACUUUACAACCGUCAAGGCAUCGCCGAACUCUCUCACCCAUCUCACGCUUGCACAGCACUCACAAGAACAUCUCACAGUCGACAGCCCGGCCCCACAGCGGCCGGACACACCUGGAUCGGAAAAUGUGCGUCGCUGGCAAAAGGAACAGCAAGCACUAGCCGAGUCUUCGAAGAGAUUGGAUGGGAUGCUGAUUCAGCAUAUGGAGGCUGAGAAGGAUACGCUGAGGAGAAUUGCGCAGACUGCAAAAGUAUCGAAAGAAUUAUCUUAG